AUGCCUGUGGACGGCACGCAGGGCUGCAUCCGGGCCUUCACGCAGCUGAAACCGCAGUACCCCAAGAUGAAAGUCAUUCUCUCCGUCGGCGGAGGCGGCAAAGGAAGCGAGAACUUCGCCCUCGUGGCGCGGAGUCAAUCGCGCACCGAGACAUUUGUCCGCACAGCCAGGGCGCUGGUAGACCAAUUCGGCCUCGACGGCCUCGACAUUGACUGGGAACACCCCGCCGACCCACAACAAGGCAUGGACUACGUCCGACUACUAGCAAAGCUGCGGGAAGCACUGCCUUUGCCGCGAUUCGUAUUAGCAACGUGUCUUCCAGCGGGCCAAUGGGCUCUCCGGAAUAUCGAUCUCUCCAAGGCAUCUAUGUACCUCGACCUGAUCAAUCUUAUGACGUAUGAUUUUGCUGGGCCUUGGACGAACGAGAGUGGACACCAUGCGCAGUUGUACAGUCCUUCUCGGAAUCCGGGCGCUGUCUCUUGCCAAUCUAGUGUGCAAUAUGUGCUUUCGCAGGGUGUCGACCCGAAGAAAAUCUUGCUAGGAGUCCCUGCCUACGGCCGGUCAUUUUUGGGUAGCGAGAAGCCCGGUCAGCGGUAUGCUGGUACGGGUGGCGAGGACGGCGUGUUCGACUACAGUGAUUUGCCCCGUCCUGGCGCUAAGGAACAUCACGAUGAGAAGCUUGGCGCAGCGUACUGCUCUGGUGGUGAUGGCGGGUUCGUCACCUAUGAUACGCCGCGGACGGUGCAGCAGAAGGCUAGGUUUGCGACCAAGACGAAGCUGGGAGGAUUGUUUUAUUGGCACAUCGGAGGAGAUGCACGCGGUCCGCGCAGUCUGAUCGAGACAGGGUAUAACACGCUACAUGAGAUGUAG